UUAGCAGUAUGGCAGCUCCCGUGAACAGUGUGGGUAAACUCUCGUCUGAGCGAUCAACGUUCAAUCCUACGAGUUUUCAGAAGAAAACAAGGGGGAAGUUAAUCUCCAUACCUGGUACCAGACCUUCGGUUCAAAACGGACAGCUCUUAGUUUCCACCGGUGUCACCUCACUCGACUUUCUGCUCGGUGGUGGGUUAGCAGUCGGAACAGUACUUCUCGUAGAGGAGGACCGAUAUGAUAGCUACUCUCGUAUGAUCUUAAAGUACUUCUUGGCGGAAGGAGUGGUCUGUCGACAUGAACUUUUUGUGGCGGCAGCUCAAGAUAACCCUGAUGACAUCUUACAGGAACUCCCGGCCCCCAUCUUGGACGAUGUUGCUAUCCACAAACCAGCAGAGCAGCCCAGGCUGUCUUGUGAACCUCAGGACAGUUUGGAUGCCAUGAAGAUUGCUUGGCGUUAUCAGAAUCUUCCAAAAGUACAGAGUGCCCUGGCAUCCUCCUCUCGGUUCGGGCACUACUAUGACGUGUCCAAGACGAUGGAGCCAGAAAUUCGCCAGGCAGCCAAGUGCCACCGCUUCUACCUUCCUGAACAUCCCACCCAGUCAUCACCCACAUACAGUCCAAUGCUCGAGUCCUACUCUUCGCUGUUGAAGUCACUCCAAGAGGUCAUACACAGGGAAGGCUUUGAAGUAGCAGCCCCCAUGUCAAAGUCACGUAACAUCCUGCGCAUUGGGCUUCACUCUCUUGGCUCAGCUCUUUGGGGUGAUGACCUGAGUUGCCAUGACAACCCUAGACACCGCCACGCCCUCACUACCUUUCUCUAUGGACUGCGUGCUCUGCUGAGGUCAUCACUGUCAGUUGCAGUAGUUACUGUACCUUCACAUCUCAUCCAGGACAGAGCUCUAAUGGGCAGCAUAACCAGGCUAUGUGACAAUGCCAUAGCGCUGGAAUCAUUCAAAGGCUCUGAGAGAGAGACCAACCCACUCUACAAAGAUUACCAUGGCCUGCUACAUGUGCGCCAGGUACCUCACCUGAACUGUCUGGCGAAUCAACUCCCUGACCACAAGGACCUGGCCUUUAAGCUCAAGAGAAAACAGUUCAGUAUUGAGAGACUACAUUUGCCCCCAGACUUAUCUGAGACGGUGAGUCGUGUGAGCAGGGGGGAGCUGGCAGGAGGGGCCACAGUGGCUUCAGCCUGUGGCUCUGGCACUUCCGGCAACAAACACCUGGACUUCUAGAGCUCCCACACAGUCGCCACGGGCAACCCACACCUGGAACACUGCAGCGUUGUCCUCUUUACCACUGUGACCAGGUUGUUCCCUCACCCACAUAAUGUCAACCGCGAUAACCCUGCCAGCCAUUACCACCUGCCAACUGUCCCAGCCAGGGGUGAAGAUCUAAACAUCCACAGUACCUCACCUCAUAACGGACACAUUUCAUCCUACAUUUCAAGUCCUUUUUUUUUUUGUAUAAACCUACAGUACACUCUACAGUCUCUGUUUACUCUGACAGCGGAGAUUUGCACAUGUCAAACUGUCAUGAGAAUUUCAUUUUAACUUAGGAGUUAAAAAAAAGUUGUAGAAAAAAGUGAGCCCUGUGGUAUUUCAAAAUGUUACAUGAAGGUAUAUGAUUGGCUGGGUGACUUGAACGUAACCCAAUUAAAAUCCAAGAUGGAGGGAUUGUUUAAGAUUUGGUACUUUGUUGUUUUUGUUUUUCUCUGCCUCUGGGGGGUUUGUUUACAUGUAAAGUGUAAUCAUGAAAUAUUUUUUAGUCAUUACAGACUCUCAGUCUUGGCAGACAUUAAAUAAUUUACGUGCAUUCUCCCAAGCUCAGCACUUACUUUAUGAAACAAGUGGCUUCUCCUGCUUAGCUCCACCAUGUACAAUAGUCUGAAAGUACAAGUUUUUUUCUAGUAUAAUGCAAUGAAGUGUGCUUUUGUUGAGUUAAAUAAAAGAAAAUAAAUACUCGGUGCACAACA